AUUAAGUUGACAAUGCAUGUGAAUCUUGUAUCCUCUCUUUCGCUCUUGAAUCACGAGCAGUGCUCGCCCUGGGCAGUCCAGCCCUGGCAGCGGUGACGUCAUCGAGCGCUAGGUUGAGCAGCAGCAGAGCCAGAGAGAGAAAGCGCGAGAACGCUGCGGCGGAGUUCCUAUAGGGCCUGUGAACGAAGGACUAGGAGGACAACGAAAAUCACUCUGAACGGGAUUUCCAUCGCCCUCUUCUGCAUGCACCCACACCGAAAGGCCGCUUCCAGCCGCAUCCCUUCGUUUCCCCCCGGUCUGUCCAGAGGCAACCUGUAAAGGUAAAGAACGACGAGCGCGUAAAGUUGGAGCGUGAGCGUGUUUGGCAGCUUCACGGGAGGUGUAUUCGGUGUUUCGUGGCUCACUGCAAUAGAGGAGGGACUCCAUGAAAGAUGUCAGAGGAGGCGAUUGUUAUUGCCAAGUGGGACUAUACGGCACAGCAAGACCAGGAACUUGACAUUAGGAAAAAUGAGCGCUUGUGGCUUCUCGAUGACUCAAAAACGUGGUGGCGAGUGCGAAAUGCAUCCAACAGAACGGGCUAUGUUCCUUCCAAUUAUGUUGAACGCAAGAACAGUCUGAAGAAAGGUUCUCUGGUGAAAAAUCUCAAAGAUACACUUGGCCUGGGAAAAACGAAACGCAAAACGAGCACACGGGAAGCCUCUCCAACUCCCAGCACGGAUGAGUACUCCUCUAAUGGGGGCGGGGCUGAGCGAAUAUAUGACCUGAACACUCCAGCCGUGGUGAAGUUUGCCUACAAUGCGGAACGGGAGGAUGAGCUCAGUCUGGUGAAGGGGGUGCGGCUGAUGGUGAUGGAGAAAUGCAGUGACGGCUGGUGGAGGGGCAGCUAUAACGGUCAGGUGGGCUGGUUCCCCUCCAACUACGUCCAGGAGGAGGAGAUGGAGGACACAUCGGCCGACUUUCCCGCUGUCUUCUCCUCGCAGCUGGGCCUCAGUAACGGUCAGGGCUCCAGAGUCCUUCACACUGUUCAGACGCUCUACCCCUUCAGUUCCGUCACGGAGGAGGAGCUGAACUUUGAGAAGGGCGAGACGAUGGAGGUGCUGGAGAAGCCAGAGAAUGACCCAGAAUGGUGGAGGUGUAAGAACUGCCGUGGGCAGGUGGGUCUAGUGCCAAAGAACUAUGUGGUUGUGCUCAACGAUGGUCCAUUAUCAACAGCCUCGGGCUCCCAUUCCCAGCAGAACAGCCACACGGGGCCCUCCCACACGGGGAAAUUCGCCGGAAAGGACUGGUACUAUGGCAAUGUGACACGGCACCAGGCUGAGUGUGCGCUGAAUGAGAGGGGGGUGGAGGGAGACUUCCUGGUGCGAGACAGCGAGUCCUCUCCAAGUGAUUUCUCAGUGUCUCUGAAAGCAGUGGGGAAGAACAAACACUUCAAGGUGCAGUUGUCGAAUGGAGUUUACUGUAUCGGUCAACGACGCUUCAAUUCUAUGGAUGAACUCUUAGAGCACUACAAGAAAGCUCCCAUUUUCACUAGCGAACAUGGAGAAAAGCUUUACCUGAUCAAACCCCUCCAGUGACCUUCCACACAUGAAUGAGCCUUACAACCAGACCAGAUCUGACCUCACACUGAGCCAAGUGAUCUGCAACUCCUACUUAUUGCUCAUUUCUCACCAGCAAAAAGGGGACUUGCCAAAUACCGACCCACAGGAAAAUCACAGGAUUUAACUUGACUGUUGAUUUAGAGUAAUGAUGCGACGUGUCCUUUUUGUGGAGGUAUUGUUUCUGUCCGUGUGACUCCAUGUUACUAUAGCUGAUGAUCUUUUCACCUGGAGUGGUUUACGAAAAUGAAUAUCGCCUUUUCCAAGUGAUAAUGUAAGCACUUGCCCUUUGCCUUUUGACCGACAGCUCAAUUUCUGUUCACACUUAGCCGACAUCGAGAUACAUGAAAGUCAACAGAUGCGGCCUUCAUCUGAUACAGCCUGAGACUAUUUUGGCAGCACAAUAUUCAAGGUUGUCACGGGACAAGUGCAAGGAUUCAGACACAGAGGAUUUACAGGAAACUGUAUGUACAUAGGAGUUGCCAAAGAGAGAGUUGGUGACAGGUACUAGUCGCCCCCUGCUGGAUGGACUGAGAAAUGCCAACAGGAGGGUCUUUAUAAGAUGAAUGUUUUGUAGAUGCUUAACCAAAUGUGCCACCUUCACAUUCAAGCACCGCUCAUUUGAUAUAUAUAUAUAUAUAUAUAUAUAUAUAAGAGAACUAUAUCCACCUCAUUCGGAUUCACACAUCUGUAUCAAUAUUAAAGUGUUGGCAUAGACCUUAUUACAGCAAAACGCUGUUAGUUUCAAUUUCGAAAGGGCACCAUUCAACAAGAAUGGUUUGGUCUAAUUACUAAUGAGUCCAUUCAUCAUUUACUUUCCACACUUUUAUAAAAAUAUGGUACGUCUGAAUGUUAAUGAGCAUUGUUAUUUAAACUGUUUAUUUAAGGAGAUGAUAAAGCUGAAGAGAAGGACAAUUUAGUCAGCUACACAUCCAUGAUAGCUGUGCAAAAAGUUGAAAUACUUUUGCAAAAUGUUUAAUUAAACAAGAGUAAUGACAAAGCUGUGUGGUUUUUAUGGUUUCCUAUUUAACUGUCGUGCACUGUUCGAUUUCUAUGUACAACUUUGAUGGAGCACGUCAAAUUGACCAUAAUUGGAUUCGAUACAAUUCCCCAAAAAUCACACUAUAAAAACAACAAAGAUUCAGGUGAAAACAGGAAACUUUUAAUAUCAACACUAGUCAAAUACUACCAAAAAAAAAAAAAAUACCAAUGUGAUUUAUGAAAAUGUUUUUAACCAUUUUUUAAGUUUUGUUUUGACAAAAUUUGAAAAUAAACAGUAUUCUGAC